AUGGGAGCAGUGUGCUCGGCCUCUGCCAGGGCUGCAAUCCGCACAAGAUUCGUCAAGUACACUAUAUGCAUGGGUUGUGGCUCUAAUCGGUACAAGUCACAACGUGCCCUCACCGUUCACCAAAAGAGGUGCAAAGGCUACAAAGACUUCGGGCGAGAGGUAGAUGCGAGUAAGCGCGCGUAUGUAGAGAAGUUGGAGAGAGAAAAGGCUUUGAAAAGGGCGAUGUUAGUAGACGAACACUCACAGGUGCCAUCGUCGUCAUCGUCGCAUGCACCACAGUCGAACGAUGUCCCGAUCUCUGAUAACGACACGAUGAUUGAGACGCAAAAUGCAACGGGCCUUCUGGCAGCCGCACCAGACAACUCGACCACUAUUCCCAUGGCAAGAUCAAUACGUUCUGGCCGUUCCUCUCGCUUCCCUGCGCAAUACAAGGAUUUCCUGCCAUCUUCACUCACUCUUCCGCAUAUCCCCAAGCUACCACCCCGACUUCCACCUCCGGAGUGCGGCCCUUCUCCAUCCCCCGAACUACCUGCUGCCAUGCCCACCACAGCUCCUCCUGUCUACAACCUGACAAGUUUGGUGCAUUGCCGCUAUGCUAGGCUACACAUGUCAUAUAUCCCGAACAAGAAUUUUUCGCUCAGUGAAAUAUAUGAUGUAUCUGACUCAGUGUCAAUUGAUGGUCUGACGCCAGUUCCCACGCAGCAUUGCAUCCAGCACCUCAAACAUCAGCAUCAACGAUGGGAUCGCAACCAGCACUUGAACAGUGCCGAACUCGACCGGCUUGCCACAAUAAUUCAAGACGCCUCGCUUCAACAAGGAGCAUCUCAAGUCGCUUUCUCGUUCAAAAGCAAGAGCAAAGGCAUCGACCCUUACCUGGCGCAAGGGUACCUUUCCGAUCCGAGGACGGUUGCUUCGCUGUGGCCAUUUUACACGAUGUUCGGUGCAAAGUUAAAGUAUGAUCUUGGCAAGCCGAGCAUGCAUGUCAUCUUCUUGCAUACUUCCCUCUGGCGACUCACGCACGCGUACGAGCACGACAUGAUUGUUCGCUGUGGCGAUGGCGCACAGCGUGGUGUAUCUGCGCGCCUGUUUGAUUACACUGCAAACUAUCCUGAAAGGUGGGUCCUUUUGCCCGCUCGAGCUCGGGGCGCCACCGCGACUGACGACAUCGGCUCGCUUGCAGCGCAUGCUCUGCAGCUCGAGACAGACACUGUAUUGUCUCGCAUGCGCUCCGUGAGGAGCGAGAACCACCAGGGAGGAGAUCUGACUCGCAUGCGCGAUUUCUUCAGAGAACGCCUCGCUGUGUUGCGCGACGAGCGCUGA